CACAUUGCAGCGUUUAGUACUGAAUGGUUUUGAUGGCUUAUGAUUUGAAGAGGUUUAGUUUGGCGAAUUUUAGUUUCGAAAUGGAUUCUGUUCUGUUCGAUCUGCAAUGAUAAUCAGGACCUGCGCGAGCAGAAUGAAGACUUGGUGCUCUUCCUUUUUUGAUGUGCCUGCAGAAAAAUCUGAUAGUGUGCAAGAAGGCAACCAGUUGCCUGCUGCAAUGAAGAAAGCUCACCAAGUUACAGUGUCUGUCAGAGAUCCAGAAACAGUUACUAAAAAAAAUGCAAAGAAGACAGUUGUUAGGGAUGGAGUAAGCAAUAAAAAACAAUGGAAGUGUCCAACCCCAAGACCCUCAAUUCCCACACAAACAGAAAAGCCUGUGAUCGAAAUAGGUAACUUUGGCCUUGAGGAUAACUGCAUGCACCAUUUGCAAAUUGAUAGCUUUGAAAAUGAACAUCACGGUCUUGAGAAUCAAGUUUCAGAGAGCAAAUUGGCCACAUUAUCAGAACAAGAGCCAGAAGCCCCUGUGGAAAGACAAGUAACUCAUUCUGUCAAAAAUGAAGGCAUUCCGCAAGAAAAUGCUGAUAUGUUGCAAAGUCCAGAACCAGGCAGGCUAGAGAAAGAGGGUAAUGACUUCAAUAAGAGUGGUUUACUAAAAUUGCUGAUCGAAGUUGAAAUUGCCGCUAAUUCUGCAGAAGUUCAGCUAGUUUCCUUCAAGGACUCUUUUACUGGCAUUUCCAAUGAUGUAGUUCUUUCGUCUUCUGAUAUAACAAGAAUGUCAAGACAGAAAAAAAUUUUGCUUGAGAAGUUAGAGAAGUUUAAAACUUUAAAUAAAACGCUGCAGCAAUUACUAAAAGAUAUGCAGAGCCAAGAAAAAACCUAUCUGCAAGCUGAAAAGCACAUUGAUGUACUCCUUAAGAAACUGUCUGAAACCGAAAAUGAAAACAUGGUUUUAAAAAGAAAAAUGCAGGAAAAGCUAAUUGUUAUUGAGGAGUUGACAGAACUUAGGAAGAAGGAUAAGGAUGAUGUUGACAUAGCUAGUAAACUUUUUAAGUCAGUUGAAGAAACUCGAGCUCACUUACAAGGGCAGCUUCGCAUCAAGGAAUCUGAAAAUAACAGGAUAACCGUGCAAUUACGGGGCAUGGAAAGAAAAAUUACAGAACAAAAACUUGAGAUUGAAAGUCUAAGAAGUCAGAUUUCAAUUUUGAAAGAUAAGUCCCAUGACGAGAAAGAAGCCCUUAAAAAAGCCACAAAAGCACAGAAACAAAGAGCAGAGUAUCUUGAGUUGGCUGUGGACAAAUGUCGUAUUCAAAUUGAAGAAAAGGAUGUUUUGCUUAGUGAAGCACUGUCAGCGGCUAACAAAUGGAAAAGCAAUCACGCACAAACAGCAGCGGAAAAAUUCCAACUAGAAGCCAAAAUUGGAACUCUAGAAUACCAGUUUGCAGACUUGAAUCAACAACUGCAGAAAGCAAGUGAUGGUGCCAGAACUUCAGAUGAAGAAAUGUUACAGAAAAUGUCAGUUCUUAAAUCAGAAAAUACCAAACUUAAUGUUGAAAAUUCAAGACUUAAGGUAUCAUUAGCAACUUUAGAGGGAAAAGUGGCUCAGUCUGAAGCUGAAGUUGAACUACAAAAAGAAGAAGCUAAAAAAUAUAAAGAUCUUGUUGAACAAUAUAAAAUGCAGAUAAAAAAUAUGCAGGAAGAAGCAGAAGAGUUGAAAAUAAGAUGUGAAAAAAUAUUUAGAGGAAAUUCACUAUCAAAAGAAAAACAAAAUACAGAUUUAACAAAGGAGAAAAAUCCUCUGGAGGCGCGAGUGAUGGAGCUAGAAGUUUUUCCUGAUUUGCUGAAGGCAGCUGAACAAAGAUUGUGUGACUGCCAAGACAGCCUAAUGAGCUACGAGCGAAGAUUUACAGAAAAUUCAAAUACUAUUAGUCAGCUGCAGGUUAAGCUGGAAAAUCAAACGCAAUCCCUAAAUUCGUCACUUCGAAUGGUAGAGUCUCUGCAAGAAGAAAAAGAUUCAUUAGGAUAUCAGUUUGUCACAUUGCAUAGGCAGAUAGAGGAUGUCCAGUCGGAAAAUCGAGAUCUAGUACGGAAACUGUCAAGUCAGGAGGAAGCCCUCCGUUACAGUGAAAAACAGCUGGAAGAAAGAUCAGCUGAAUGUCUGGCUCUUACUCGGCAGCUUGAAGCAGCAUUAACAGAUGUUAGAAAGCAGGUUCCUGAACUAAAGGACAUGGCAUCGAGUCGAGAAACUGCACUUCAAAGCAAAAUACUUGAGUUAGAAUCUGAUAACAGCCGAAAGCAGAAAGAGUUAAAACAUCUCAAACAAGCUAAACAAACUGCAGAAAAUCUGUAUGAAAUGCGUUUGAAAGAAAUGCAGAAGAAUUUGGAAGAAUCUGAAAACCACAAGCAGAGCAUACAGAACUAUGUGGAUUUUUUGAAAAAGUCCUACUCCACCAUGUUUGGAGAAGGCUUCUCUCCCGGUUUUGCUCCAUCCUUUUAGGUAGCAAAGCCUCUUUUUGCAUUCAUUAUCAUUUUUUUAUGAUGAUUUGAUGUACCUUAUAUGCAUUAAUCAGGUCUUUUUAAGUCUUCACUAAAGGCAAUUUGUGAAAUAAUUUAAAAACGCUAAUCCAGAAGUGUAGUGCAUCCACUGAUGAGAUCUGCAGCAUUUCAGCACACACCGACUUUCCUAUAUUUUAUAUUUUUGUAUU